CUGCCAUCAAUAAUUCUGAACACUAAAUUUCUCAAUCGACGCUCGCGCUCUCCAGGUCUUGUACUUAGCGAUAUUAUCGAGAAAUACUUCGUGUCGCCCACGCUGCUGCGUGUGGUGCGCGUGGCCAAAGUGGGCCGAGUCCUCCGGCUGGUGAAGGGCGCCAAGGGCAUACGAACUCUGCUAUUUGCGCUGGCGAUGUCGCUGCCGGCGCUGUUCAACAUCUGUCUGCUGCUCUUCCUGGUGAUGUUCAUCUUUGCCAUCUUCGGCAUGUCGUUCUUCAUGCACGUGAAGGAGAAGAGCGGCAUCAACGAUGUCUACAACUUCAAGACGUUUGGCCAGAGCAUGAUAUUGCUGUUUCAGAUGUCUACCUCAGCCGGUUGGGAUGGUGUACUCGACGCCAUUAUCAAUGAGGAAGCAUGCGAUCCACCCGACAACGACAAAGGCUAUCCGGGCAAUUGUGGUUCAGCGACCGUUGGAAUAACGUUUCUCCUCUCAUAUCUAGUUAUAAGCUUUUUGAUAGUUAUUAAUAUGUACAUUGCUGUCAUUCUUGAGAACUAUAGUCAGGCCACCGAAGAUGUGCAGGAGGGUCUAACCGACGACGACUACGACAUGUACUACGAGAUCUGGCAGCAGUUUGAUCCAGAGGGUACGCAGUAUAUACGCUACGAUCAGCUAUCGGAGUUCCUCGAUGUGCUCGAGCCGCCGCUGCAGAUACACAAGCCGAACAAGUACAAAAUCAUAUCGAUGGACAUACCCAUCUGUCGAGGCGAUCUCAUGUACUGCGUGGACAUACUCGACGCCCUCACCAAAGACUUUUUCGCGCGCAAGGGCAAUCCGAUCGAGGAGACGGGCGAAAUUGGCGAAAUUGCGGCGCGACCCGACACCGAAGGCUACGAGCCCGUCUCCUCAACGCUGUGGCGCCAGCGCGAGGAGUACUGCGCCCGCCUCAUCCAGCACGCCUGGCGCAAGCAUAAGGCGCGCGUGGAAAGCGGCGGCGGUGGAAACGAUGCCGACGGCGAAGGUAAUGCUGAAGGCGGUGGCGAUGCCGAUGGCAGCCACGAUCCAGCUGAUCCCGGCGGAGCCGCCGGCCAUGCGGAUGCAGCCGAUCACAAUGGCCCGCAUGAUAACGAUGAUCCCGAUGCGGGCGGCGCCAAUGGCGGCCACGAUCCAGCCGAUGCUGAUGGCGGCGGCAUUGUAAAUAGUCCGAACGAUGGCAACGCAAACGGCAGCGGCAGUCCCGGCGGCCAGAGCGCCGGCAGCGCCGGCAGCGGCGGCAGCGCUGGCCGCCAAACGGCCGUGCUCGUUGAGAGCGAUGGAUUUGUGACAAAAAACGGCCACAAGGUUGUAAUACACUCGCGAUCGCCGAGCAUAACAUCGCGCACGGCAGAUGUCUGAGCCAGGCCUCGCCCCCCCCUCCAAGACGCACGCGACUACUGAGAGCAGCGGCAGCUGGCAGCAACAAACCGAGUGCCAGCUGGCAGCAGCAACAACAACAGCA